GUUGAGAUUCGGAUGUUUUUCCUCGGAAAAUAUAAAAUUUUCAGGGAAAACGCACAAAAUUCAUUGGAAAAAUGUCGAAAAACGACAAUCGAAAGACCCCGGAAUACGAUUCGUCGGUAGGAUUGAUGCCGUUAAUUCAGGCAUUAAUUAAGCCGCCCGAUGAUGAAAUGGUUAUGAAAACACAGAAAAAGACGCAGGGACCGUAUUACAAGAAAUCCGGCAAGAAUGAUUGCUUCUGUUAUGCCUGCGAAGAAGGCGGUGAACUGAUUUGUUGCGACAAAUGCAUUUGUAGCUUUCAUCUUGGAUGCCAUGAUCCUCCAUUGGAAGAAUCUGACAUCCCGAACGGAAAAUGGUUAUGCAACAAUUGCCGACACACAAAAGCGGGAGAAACGCGUUCAUCGCGUAUUCAAUCGACCACGAGUGCACGCUCCGAAGCGAUUUCCAGACCAGUUACGCCGACAAUCGAAGGAGAAAUUACGCAUCAAAAAAUUAAACAACUACGAAAGAGUCGAUCUCGCAAAAGUUCAGCUUCGAGUGAAACGUCGGAUAAAACUAAUGGAAAAACAACAACAACAACUACGGCGACGAAUGUGACAGAAGAAAAGCCAAAAACUGAAGAAACUCCCGUGGAAGAAGUAAAAAAUUCGGAUGAAAAAUCAGAAAAUGUCACAGAAGAAGCGAAAAUUGAAGAGCCAGAAAUUAAACUUUCCUCGCCAUUGGAGGAAUUGAUAAAAGCUGCGACAAUCAUGAAUCCACGCGUUUUCGAGCUCCCACGAGAAAUGGAAAUUUUUUCACAAUUUCCGGGCGAAGAUAAGGUCGGACCGAAAAACAGCUCGAAUGGGCGUCGUUUCGGGCGUCGCAAACCUUACGAACUCGAUGCACAAGGUCUCGUUCCCUUACCUGCCAAAGUUUGUUUCACGUGUCGCAAGUCCUGCAAGAAGGCGCCGUUAGUUGCUUGCGACUAUUGUUCCCUUCUCUUUCAUCAGGACUGUCUUGAUCCGCCUCUCACUGCCAUGCCAACGGGCUUAUGGAUGUGCCCAAAUCAUCCUGAACAAUUUAUCGACUGGAAUCUCGUAAAUUCUGCAUCAGCGACGCAACGUCUCAAAUUAUGGAAUCAGUAUAGCGGGCCCGUCGAUCAGGAAACCGUCAAAACGGAAUUUUUCCGCAAAAUUCACAUGAAAAAUCCCCCGUUUCGUGUCAAGAUGAAGUGCAUCCCGAAGGAAAGAGUUGUCGUGCCGCCCAUGGUUGAGUAUCAUUAUCAAAAUCCCCCGGAUUUGUUGCCGUCGUUGAAGCAAGUGCUGCGUUACGAACAAGCCUACAAGAAAUACGGACCAAUUGAACCGACGCAAGAGCUCGUGGAACAAGUUUUGGAUGAGAAUAUUAACGCUUUGGAGACAGCAAAUGCGAAAAUUGAAGAGUUUAUCAACGAAGUUGAGGGAGUUAAGGAAGCCGUGAAUGUAGAUGAGGUCAAACAAGAAGCUGAAAAGGAAAAUGACGACGAAAUAUUGAAAGAAAUUGAAGAACAAAUCGUUUCGGAUGAAAAAGAUGAGGGCAAAGAAAAAGGUACGAAACGCAAGACGAAAGCAAAACGCAGUACAAACACCGAAAAACCCGAAGAAAACAAGGAACCCGAAUGUAAAAAGAUGAAAAUGUACGUUUGUGGCAACAAAACGUACGAAAAUGAGACAGAAAUGAUUGAUGCUGAACUAGCUCACUUCGAUUUGACGAUGAUAAAACGCCUCGCAUUUCAACGUUUUCAGCAAAUAGCGAAGGAACAUCCGGAUUUGGCGGAAAAAUGUCGUCAGGAACAAAACUCCGAAGCACUUAACGAGCUGCUCGUUAAACAGGAAGUCAUUUCGGAAGCAACUCAGGAACAAAAAUCCGUUGAAGAAACAUCUCACAAGGCAGUAAAUGGCGAAAAAACGGAAAUCAAAGAAGAAAUUGACGAGGAAAAAGUUCGUAACGUCACUUUGGAUCUCGAACGCAAGAUGAUGGAAACGCAAAUUCGAUCGCGAGCGCUGCUAAUUCCCGUUAACGACAUCAUGCGAGGCGAUCGAUGGUACACAGACACAACAAAUAUCGAUGCUGCUGUUCAAAUGCGAUACCGAAGCAUAUCGAUCGGCACAGGCAUUGGCAAUGAUCUCAAUUUGCUGCUAUUUGGCAAGUGUUGUCACACAUCGGUGAAGCAUGCCGUUAUCUUUUACGAUGAGGUGACAAGAUAUUUUGAGCUUUUAAAUUACUCAGAAUUCGGCACAGAAGUGAACGGACAACUUUUUAGCUGUAAUUAUACGGAAUUUAAGCCGUUGCCGCCUCAGGGAGUGCCGGAAAGUGUCAUCAAAAGCAAUGAAGAGGCGGCGAAAAAUGCUCAGGAAAUUAUUGAUAAGCGUCGGAAAAUUAACAGGGAAAAAUAUGGAUUGGAUGAGAAUGCAACAAUGCCUGCUCCUGCGCCAUCGCCAUGUCAAUGUCUCGCUCGACCCUACGUUUUCGAGGGAUGGGAAGGCACUGCAUUACUCAGUCACGGAGCUCUCUUACGCUUUGGAUGUCUUUCAUUCGUUUUUUCCAUCGUCGAUUACGAUAGUGGCAUUGAAGAUUAAUUUAUUGCAUAUUUUCAAAACACUUGAACUUGUAAAUAUUUAUUUUUUUUUUCUUUUGAAAUAAAUUUCAAAUCA